AUGUCUAUUAACACUUCAGAGUAUAAAUUUUCUAUAACCGCUCCUGACUCCAGAGGUACUAAUAAACGUGUUUUUGCUUGUAAUGUGUGUGAUAGGAGUUAUUCAAAACCAUGUUUGUUAAAGCGUCACAUGCAAAAACAUACAGGUGAAAAACUUUAUUGUUGUGUUGUGUGUAAUAAAAAUUUUUAUCAAAAAAGUAAUCUAAUUGCCCACAGUGUGAUCCACACUGGUGAAAAAUCUCAUUCUUGUAAUAUAUGUCACAGGAGUUUUUCUCAAAAGGCUUCUUUAAUGAGACACUCUUUUACUCAUACUGGUGAAAAACCUUAUUCUUGUAGUGUAUGUAAUAAGUCUUUUUCUACAAAAGAUGCUUUAGCUGGGCACAAUACUGUUCACACUGGUGAAAAGCCCUAUUCUUGUAUUGUAUGUCAGAAGAAAUUUUCUCAGAGAAGUAAUUUUCAUAGACACAGCUUAAGUCACAACCAAAAAUGUUAUUCCUGUAGUAUAUGUAAUAAGAGUUUUUCUACAAACAGUGAAUUAAUUAGGCAUACUGCUAUCCAUUCUGAUAAAAAUCCUUAUUCUUGUGAUGUGUGUCAUAAAGGUUUUUCAUCAAGCAGUGCUGUUGCUCAUCACAACCUAAUUCAUAUCGGGGAAAAACCUUAUUCUUGCAAGGUGUGCAAUAAGGAUUUUUUACGAAAAGGUGAAUUAAUUCAACACAACUUGACCCAUACUAAAACAAAACUGACUUGUAGUAUUUGUAAUAAGGGUUUUAGAAAAAAUAGUGCUUUUGUCAAACAUAACCUUCGACAUACCAGCAAAAAACCUUAG